CAAUUAGUUAUCCCUCGAGUAUUGAAGUUCUUAGUUUCGGCCAUGCACAUAUUCCGUGCUGUGUAAUAUUAUAAUAUAAAGACUAUGUGAUACUCGCUAUCCGUAGAUUGGGCACAUGACCAGACGCAAAGACUUUCGCGAAUAUCUGGACCGGAAUGGCGUGCUUGACAAGUUCACCGAAAUUUUUAUGGAACUAUACGAAUGCCCAGUUAUGGAGUUUCCGACCGUAGAAUACACCAGGAAGAUGAUGGUCAACCCGAAUCCAGAUGAAGAAAAAAUAUCGGAAAUCAAAACCAAACUGGCCGACGCUUAUUCGUUUAGGGAUUUCCUGAAAACCGAAAACGAAAAUUUAAAAGCAAUAUUCAUGGCCAACUAUAAUAAUAUGUCUGCGGAGGAGGAGGAGGAGAAGGUGGAGGAGGAGGAGGAGGAGGAUAAAUAAUAUUGUAUUAUACAUCGGCUAUACGGACCGAAAAUCUAAAAAUUUUUUCAAGUUUGUCGAACCGGUGCACCUAACCUAACCGUUCGCCAUUGUGAACAUAUUUUUCACUAAAAUCGAUUAUAAACAAAAUUAAAUUGACAUACUUACUGUCUUUAAGAUUUACUAAAGAUCACAAAAAUAAUAUUAAGAAAACAAUGUGAAAAUAGAUAAUAAAA